GUCAGUGACAAUUUGACUAAGAUUCUCUUUGGUACGUAGUCUAUGCUCAGCUGCGUUCGACCCAGUUGUUGAUCAGAUUCCAAAUUUCUCAAGCUCCCAUGUUCCUAAUACGUUCAGGGAGGGUGAGAGAGUGUCCAUUGUCCGGGGGGAUGGGAAUGGACUCGGUCUGAAAUAGUAAGCUCGGCCUUCAGAGGAACGAAGACCGCAGGUGAACAUGGAUGGCUCUCUGUGGCAUUCUCUCAUCCUUAUUAAGUUUAAUGAUUCAGCGUUACAGCUUCCACUUCGGGAAUGAAUUCAUUCGUCACGGACGCAAUUUCAAAGUGUGCACCCUCUCUGUUCGUCGUUUUUCCCCUUCUGGCCGCAUGAUCUUAAUUCGAAUCUCAGCAGAUGCAAAGCUGACAGCAAAGCUUGGAUUUUUCUUCCAUGACUUUACCGAUCUUGUGUGAUCUCGUUGGUAACGAACGUCAUGGAUUCGGCCAGAUUUCUGCCUCGAUUGUUAGGAGAACAUUUUGAACAACUCUGCGCUGGUUGCUGGAAUUUCUGAGCUAAACUUUCAUUAGCUCAAACAUCGGCCAAUCAUUUAGAACUGAUCACCCGGCUACGUCGUCAAAGAAGGUGGACAUCGAACUCACCAAUUUGGACGUUCUCUUUCUUUUUAGGAUCAAGAUCAAGACGGAAGUCAUGAGUGCCGGCAUGUAUUCGUGUUUCAACAUGCUGAAGAAUCGGGAACUCAUGGAUAGAAGAUAACUGCAGACUGGAGCAGAUUCAUUUGCUCCACUCCAAAGCUCUCUUCCAAAGCUGUCGUUGAGAUGGACAUGAGGGGAAUCAAAUUCUGUCCGAACUGUGAAAAGCUGUUGCAUUAUGAGGACGAUGAGAAUAUUCAGCUGUGGCUGAUCUGUAACAGAUGCUCAUACAAGACUCGAGCAGAUAACGUUGUUGUGUACCUUAAGGAGUUUCCUGAUUACUUGGAGGAAAAGGAAACCAUCCCUAUUACCAAAGAAGUUCGCUGCCCUCAUUGUGGACAUGGAGAAGCAGGAUUUUUUGAAGAGUGGGUGGAGAAUAAACCCAAUAUUGCUCGAACAAAUGGAAGCAGUAAAACGCCAGCUUUUAAUCUCAGUCAGGAUAUUUACGAUUCUGAUUGGGAUGAAGAGGAGGAAAUUGCCAGGUGGAAGAAGGAAAAACUUCGCCAACGUAGAAAAUCGCAUCCUGACGAGAGAAGCCUUGAAGCAACUGCCAAGUGGGAAGAGAAGCUAAGGAGCGAGGAAGUCACGAGGAGAAUGGAGAUCCAAAGGAGGAAAAGGAACAACCCAGCACCACCUGAUGCAAGGAGAGCGUUGAUAUUUGUAUGCUGCAGUUCUUCGUGCGGCCAAACUUGGGAAGGCGACUGAGGGACGAGAUAUAGACCUUUUAGCAACAAGCCCUUAUCAAGCAAUUAAUUUAUAUGAGAUCAAGUUAGCUAUAACAAUCUCAAAUUUGAAUAUACCGUAUGAAGCUUACUUUAGAUGUCCCUUGGAUUCUGAAACUUCCUACUUCAACACCCCAUGUUCAAAGCUCCGAAAGCGUGUAUUACACGUACAUCUAGAGGUGCUGAAAUGCUCAAGUUACGGACUCUACCAUAAAUUUAUACUAUGUGCUGAAAGGAAUUUGAUUAUU